AUGCAGUUCUUUGCUGUGAUUUACUUCCUCCUGGGUCUUACCAGCCUUGUAAGUCUUGAACCCUGACAUCUCCAUACACAACAACCCUCAAAAGUAUGCUAUCAUGUCUGACAACAAAUCCACAGACCAUCGCCACCCCAAUUGCCCUCAUCUCAGAAAACGACCGCAGCCUCGCUACUCGUACAGCUCUUCAACUCACCCCAUCAAUUGCGGCUGAAUUAGAGGCCAUGUCUGCAACCCUCGCUAGCAACAACAGCUCCACCACAAAUGGACCAACCCUCAAGGAGCGUAACAAGGUACACAUCACCUCAAAUCCAUCAACUCACACCCUAACCUCGUCAUAUCCGCUAAUUCAUUAAACUCAAAGGCAGAAAUCUACUGCGCCAGCCAAAUCGGCUCCUACAACUGGCCCUGGGCCGAAGUCGACGCAAUCCGCGGUCUGGUCCCCACCCUCCAAGGGUGCCGCUGCUUCGCCAAAGCCCGCGACUACGCUAUCAUCGCAAGUGUAGGCUUGAAUGCCAUUCUUCUCUACAACGAUGCAUAUCCCCCCUCCCUUCCCUUAGCCCCUUCCCUCCCAGCUUGCCAUCUUUCUUUACCACUGUAGAACGAUUUCGAUAUCAGCUCGGAAUGCGCCUACCUCGGCAGCUACGCACUGGAUAUCAUUGAUUAUUAUAAUGGCCAGUUGAACCUGGGGAAGUUUUUGAAUGGACCUGAUUCGUUUAGGAAGGCGUGGUUUGUGCUGGGGCAGAAGAUGGAUACGGAUGGGUAUAAUGUUGUUGUUAGGGGGUUUGGGGCGAAUCCUAGUUAA